UUUUUUAAACAAUUUUUAAACUUGAAAACUAAGAGAAAUAAUAACAUAAAAAAUAUAAUAAAGAAAAAUUUUUGUGUGAACUUCAUUUUCAUCUAUCUAUGCCCUCACGUCGUCAUCCAAUGAGCAACGAGAACAUUUGAUACGUAAUUUAAAAAAUUGCAAAAAAAAAAAAAAAAAAUUGCAAAAAACCAAAAAAUAGAAGAAACUUCUAGCCGGCUCUGUUUGUGCCCGCCCCCUCCCCCACCCCUCUCCCAACCGCAUUUACGCAGCAUCAGCGCUAUCGUCACAUUUAAUUACUAUUUUUUUUAGCAGUUUUUACACGCAUUGGAGAGCGGAUUGUGCGGCAACAGCCUGUUGUAUGUUCUGAAAAUGUCUACAGCUAUCGUACAAAAGAAUACUGCGAGCGCGACAACAACAAAUACCAACAACAUCAUAUACUUUGACUGCGGCGACAUUUUUGCAGCGAAUAAAUCCUCUCAUGGUCGCAUACCGGAUAUUGGAAAUUCGAUGACCGAAUUAAAUGUCGCCAAUAUAAAUUCUUCCAAUAAUUCAUCCAUUGAACAAAUGGAUAAAAUGGAUCAGCAGCAGCAGCAGCAACCGCAACAGCAGCAGCAGCAGCAGCAUCAGCACCACCAGCAGCAGCAGCAGCAGCAACAGCUUAAAAGUCUCGAGAAUUCUCAAUUUCGCUUUCAUGCUGCCUUAACUCGCACUAUUUCAACACCACAACCUCAAAUUAAACAACAUUAUCAGAUUAAUAAUCACCAGCAACAGCAUCAACAGUCAAAUCAAGAACAGCAAACACAAACACAAUCGCAUCAACAAAAUGCGAAUGUUGCUAUAGUAAUGAACAGAUUGAUCGAAAAUUUGGGUAACAUUAACUUGCAUCGAAAAAUCGAAAGGACUCAAUCGGAACCGUUGCCGCAGCAAGUGAAUACCUCAAGGUACAAAACUGAACUUUGUCGCCCGUUUGAAGAAGCAGGCGAAUGCAAGUACGGUGAAAAGUGCCAAUUUGCUCAUGGCUAUCAUGAGUUACGCAACUUGCAAAGACAUCCUAAGUACAAAACUGAAUUUUGUCGCACAUUCCACAGUGUGGGCUUCUGUCCAUAUGGACCACGUUGUCAUUUUGUCCAUAAUGCGGAUGAAGCACGUGCUCUUCAACAACAGCAACAGCAGCAACAACAGCAACAACAACAGCAGCAACAACAACAACAACUCCAACAACAAAUAAAAUUACAAAAUCAUUCCAAUGGCUUCAUAACCAGCUAUACAUUAAAUGCCAAACUACCAGCAGCAGCAGCAGCAGCAGCAGGAAAUACUGGUGCAGUCGCUACCACUGCCACGCCAGCGACUGCAGGUGUUCUAAAUCAUACGUUACCUCUAUCGCCACCAUUAAGCAUGUCAACAGGAUCGGAUCGCGAAUCUCCAACCGGUUCUUUAUCCCCAUCGCCGACAAGUUCGAUGACUAAUUUUCCUUUUAGUGAACAAAUCAGUCCGGCCAAUUCAGCUUUUCAGACGGCUUUUAACUAUGUAAAUACACCACCAGAAAGUCCGAAUGCAUCCAUGUCGCCGGUGAAUACGCCACCGCCGGCAUUAAUGCUCGGCCACACGCCCAUUUACAUUAAACCGGCAACUGUGACUACGCUGACCAAUGGCAAUAUCGGCAAUGCUAACGCCGCCGCUGCUAUAGCUCCGCCGGUUAAACAAUUGUUACAAAAAAGCUCUAGUUCACCAAUUGCCAUAAUUCGCACCGUGGGUGGCGCGACUAAACCACCAGCCAAAGUCAAUUCUGUGUCUUCUUUAAAUGGUGCUGUCACUGCCGCCGAUGAACAACGUUUGCCGAUGGACGGAGGAUAUACAUGUAUGUUGUUAGCUAAAAAUAAGAGAUAAUAACGGAAAUUGGUUGUUGUUGUUGGUGUCGUCUAUAGGCCACAAAAUAUCAACUAUUUGCUCAAUCAUCGAAAGCACAACGCAAUCAAAGUGAAGCAAAAAAAAUUCUAGUUCUUUUUUUAGUGUUAAAUAAUUUUCAUAUUUAUGAGUGAGUAAUGGAUACGAACUUAACUUUCCGCACACCGACAAUUAAACGCACUUACAGGCAAAUCUAUAUAUAUAUGUAUAUAUAUAUGCAUAUGCAUGUAUACAUAUGUAUAUACAUCUAUAU